CGGACAGCGGGCAUCGGGUCACCAGGCAUCAGGUCAUUUGGCUCGACCGCGGGCACCGCGUCAUCUGGCAAGGCAGUGGGCUCCGAGUCAACUGGUAUGACCGCGGGCACUGGGUCAGACAUUGGAUCGUCUGACUGGACAGCGGGCAUCGGGUCACCAGGCAUCAAGUCAUUUGGCUCGACAGCGAGCACCGCGUCAUCUGGCAAGGCAGUGGGCUCCGAGUCAACUGGCAUGACCGCGGGCACUGGGGCAGACAUUGAAUCGUCUGGCUGGACAGCGGGCAUCGGGUCACCAGGCAUCAGGUCAUUUGGCUCGACAGCGGGCACCGCGUCAUCUGGCAAGGCAGUGGUCUCCGAGUCAACAGGCCCGACAGUGGGCACCGGGUCAUCAGGUACCGGAUUGUCUGGCUCGACAGCGGGCAUCGGGUCAUCAGGCAUCAGGUCAUUUGGCUUGCCAGCGGGCACCGUGUCAUCUGGCAAGGCAGUGGGCACCAAGUCA